GAAGCAGCACAUAUGACUUUGUUUUCUAGGUGCUUACUCCCUUUCCAUACGUGACUGGGAUGAGGUCAGAGGUGAUAAUGUGAAACACUACAAAAUCAGAAAACUUGACAAUGGUGGAUACUAUAUCACAACCAGAGCACAAUUUGAAUCUCUACAGAAGUUGGUGAAGCACUACAGAGAACAUGCUGAUGGACUGUGUCAUAAGCUGACAACUGUAUGUCCCACAGUGAAACCACAAACACAGGGACUAGCGAAAGAUGCCUGGGAAAUUCCUAGAGAGUCUUUGAGACUGGAAGUUAAGUUGGGCCAAGGAUGUUUUGGUGAAGUAUGGAUGGGAACCUGGAAUGGAACCACAAAAGUAGCAAUCAAGACACUUAAACCUGGUACAAUGAUGCCUGAGGCUUUCCUUCAGGAGGCUCAGAUCAUGAAGAAAUUACGACAUGACAAGCUUGUUCCACUGUAUGCCGUUGUUUCUGAGGAACCAAUCUACAUAGUCACUGAAUUCAUGACAAAAGGCAGCUUACUAGACUUCCUGAAAGAAGGAGAAGGGAAGUUCUUAAAACUCCCACAGCUGGUGGACAUGGCUGCUCAGGUACUCCAUAGAAGACAAGAAAACUGUGUUUUGUACUUAGAUACAGCUUUAAGUCUUCUCUCUGAUAUCACCUAAGUAUAAACAUUGAAC